AGCGUACCAUGGCGUAGCUAUGGCAUAGUUAAAGUGGGAGAAACCGUGUAUGACCGUCCUCAGCCUGAGCCAGUCUCGUGUGAACGACCGUGAAGUGAAUCUCGGAUGGUGCACGCUCAGGACCUUGAGUCCUUCUUCGCGCUGAAACUCCGGAGCUUCGGGAUAACCAUCAGCUGCUAGUUUGAGGGAAGUGGACGGUUGUCAGUGGGUUCACCUGUGCUUCUCGGAUUUUGACAGAACGAUAAAAAUACAAGUCACUGACAUCAUUUGUUCUCAAAGAGAAAUUCGCUGGUCCAGAUUCGUCGUGAACCUUGUUCGGCUAUGUGCACCUUGGAAAUGUCUUUAACGUGAAUCGAGUGUCGAGAAAUUGUACCGAGGUGUUUCUGUAUGUGAGAUGCGAUAUUGAAAACUUUACUGUUUGAACGAUAUUUAAUUUGUAUGACUCUCUGGUUUGUUUUUCUGCAUUGAAUUGAUUAUCUAAAGAGAGCAAUUGAUCGUUGCCUUUCAAAACUGUGUGUGACUAUCCUAUUUUGCAAAACUUACUACAUUAUCAUCGUAUUCAAUAUAAAAAGUUUUAUAUUUUAUAUUUCAAUCUGAGAAAUAAUUUAACUUUAAAUAUGGUUGUCAAGUCGUCUUGAAUUUUACAGAAUUUAUAAGUGAUGUCAUUCAUUUUAAAGAAAUAACUUACAAGUCUUUCUGUUUGAAAAUGCGAAGAAGGUGGCCUAAGAGAAAUUUUGAUAGACAAUAAAAGCAUCGACAUUUUUAAAAGUGCAAUUCAAAAUAAAAUAGCAAAGAAUUAAAUGAAUCUGAUGACAACGAAAUACGGUCAGUCUCGUGGAAUGAGCUACCAUCUUAUCGGAUAUUAAAUUAAGUCCGGCGCGGUACAUUGACCAAAAACCUGACGUGUACACCGGUCUGAUCCGCCGCCAAGUAGGUCAACCGGCGUGUGCGAGAGUGCGAGACUGAGCAAGAGAAAAAAAGAAACACAUCAGUGGCAGGAUAAGGGGUGGAGGGAGAAAGAAAGAGAGAGAGAGAGAGAAAGGCGAGGGAAAAAGAAAGAAUGGCGUGCUGCAGGCAGCGCCCGUGAAGUCGGCUUUCCUGAUGAUGUCCAGCGGCUCGUUGUAGGCUUGUGAUCUAAAAUGGCGGACAUCGGUAGGCACCACAGCUCGCUUCGAAUCGACCGGUUCGGAUGCGCGGAAUCCUGAAGGAGAAGACAUCGCGUCCUUGACAUUCGCAUCCUUGAUCUUGCUAGGAGAAGCGCGGGUUGCGAGAGCCGACGAUCAUGGCGGGACUCAUUGGGUCGAAGGUCCUGGCGACCUUGACGAUCCUUGCACUAUCCGGAGUGCUGGCCAUACAGAACGAUAGAACAUCUUCUCGAAUGUCCCGCGAAAAUAUCGUGUUGAGUGCUAGCGCUUACACCGGUCCCGAAAAAACGUCCAGUGGAAGUCAACUGGACGAGUCCCGAACCUUCCAGAGAACCGUCCCAGCGUUCCAGUUGGAAAGCUCGAAGAGCAUUAACGAUUACGACAGGGAGGAGACCAGGAUUGUGUUCAAAGAUACGAGCCGCGACGAGUCUAUCGACGAACUAACGUCGUCGAAGCACGUGGCCCAUAUCGACGGCAAUAACAUCGAGGCGAAAGCCGGCGAGUACUACCACAUAGUGCCCACCACCAGCGAGUCGAUGUCGGGGGAAGGACAAGGGGCUCCGCUGAGAGUAGAUCUCCUGUCGGAGCCCCAUCAGCUGGUUGGCGCGCCGAGGCAACGAGCACAGCAUUCACCAGUAACGGAUCAGCAGCGGCGAGGUCGUCAAGAGAACCCGAGGAUCUAUAGCGAGCACGCGCCGCCACCGAUCCUGCAGACCGCCGCACCAGGUAGACAAGCGAAUCCCGAUAUCCAGGACAUUAUCACCGGUAUCGUCAAGUUGCUAAAUGGCAACGUGAAUGUAGCCGCAAACACCGUCAGGCCGUUGAGGCCGAUACAAGCCACGAGGAUUAACAACAGAGGACCACCCAGAAUAUCGGACGUGCCGCCGUUGCUGUCGGACUUUGACACUCCCGGCAUGAAUCCACCGCCGCCGCCGCCGCCGUCGUUGUCGUCGUCUCAUCCUUAUCCGUUCGAAAAGCCCCCUGCACCUGACAGACCGUUGUUGCCACCGGAGAGACCCAUUAGGCCCUUCAUCAGCGGAGUGCCAUUACCAGAGCAAGUCGUGCCGCCCUGGACUUGGGAGUCUUCUCAUAACGGGAACAGACGACCGGUACUGCCUUACAAACCCUCGCUACCGUCGCUGGAUUCCUCCUUCCAUCGCGACAAAAACCUUUCAACGACGGAGAACUCGCAGUAUGAUUUAAAACCGGAAUCCGAAACGCCUCAGGAGAGCUCCACGAUAAAGAAAGAUGCCAGUCAUCAAGAAACACUUAUCAAAGACGACGAUACUAAGAAUCGCACGGGCAAUUCUGGCGUCGCGAAGGAUCAAGUCGAAUCCGCGGUAGCGAUUGAUGAUUCAGCUAACCAGAAUGCAACGAAGAAACACGAAUCCGAAGAGUCCACAAAGAAGCCUCUCAAUACUGUGAUUCACAAGUAUCAUACACCGUCAAAAGAAAAUAAAAUCAGCGGCGAGGAGACGUUGAUCCUCGGUCUCGCCACAGAUGCCACUCCGGCCCGCACGACGCGACAUCCGGACGUGUCUUCGGUCGCGUCUUUGAACGGUCAGGUCAAGAUUACGAAAUCCUCGAAAAGCGAGGAGAAAGUUUCCGCGACGUCCAAGGGGGAAAAACCGAUCGAGAAAACUACCUCGACCACCUCGAAGACCUUUUCGACCAGCACCUUGAACAUCGAGACCAGUUCGUCGGUCCAAGUGAUCGAAUCCGUGCCGACGAAAGUCGUCCUUCGACCGACCGCGAUCACCGUGAAAUCAAGCGUCGACACCAAGUUUGACGUGAGUCUGGAGCCUAGCAGGGCAUCAGAUAUCGAGUACGCGGAACCGACGUCCAGCGUCUCGACGCCGACCGACGGUCUCCCUGCGACUUACUCGAAGAAUUCGGCCACGACGGAGAAGAACAUUCAUCCCACGACUUCGGUGCUCACGAAAAAUACAGGAUCCACUGAACGUUAUCGCCCACGACCAGGAAUUGUCCUGGACGAUACUUUGGAUUAUACUGGAGCGCAAGGAUUACCAAGUCAGAGGCCUUAUGCACCUUCGAGACAUCCAUCUCACGGUGACGUUUUUGAUGUAACAGUUUCGGCAAUUCAGGGACCCGGAGGGAGUUCCGGGGAGAGCGUUAGAGUGUCUCUAAACUCAGGCGGCGAUGUCAUAUUAACUUCCGCGGUGGGCGGAGAAGGUUUCGUGAGUAUUGACGGUAAAAGAACAUAUCUGAAUCUGUUCGAUAACACGGAUCGAACGCCCGCACCCACCCAUGUACAACCACAACCCACCAGGACGCAACCGCCGCCCAUCAUCGGCAGUGGUCUCGCCAUUCCACAACCGGAUACUCCUGUUGCCACUUCCCGUCCGAAUGGGUCAAAUCGAAGGCAGCCACCGUUAUAUCGCAGACCGACGCAGCCAACAGUCAGAAUAGACACUUGCAUCGUCGGCGACACGAGUACGUGCGACGCAAGUCAACACGAGGCUUGUGCGACGGUUCAAGGCGUAUCGGCUUGUCAUUGCAAGCCAGGAUACGCGAGACUGCAGCAUUCGCUGCCGUGCAAAAAGAUCGUCAGUAUUGUCGUGUCAAUUAGAGUUGACAAAUUUUAUGACAAGAAAGUCGUGUGGGAUCGAGGACUAGCUGACAGGGACUCGGAAUCUUAUCAAACUCUUGCUUAUGAGGCCAACAGAGCCGUCGAGUCUGCCAUGUCUAUGACACCAUUCUCGGAUGAAUAUAUGGGAUCAUUGAUAAAUAACGUUUACCAAGGAGACGUAAGCCAAGGACAAGGCGGAGUAUUCGUGAAUGCGACCCUGAAACUCACUUACGAACCGAGAACGAUUAGGCCAAGCUUAGCCGGUGAGCUUCAAAGGCAUCUGCUAGGUGUUAUUCAUAGGAGAAAUAACAACAUCGGCAACAGUGCCCUGUACGUGGACAGUCCACCGGGAUCCAUAUCGAAUUUGCAAGAUUUGGAUGAAUGCGCUUCGUCGGAGUUGAACGAUUGCCAUUCGUCCGCCAGUUGCAUCAACACUUUCGGCGGUUUCACGUGUUCCUGCAAUCAAGGACUAAAGGAUCCUCAUAAAAACGAUCCUAAUGAUUCCGGCAGAACGUGCUUGUCGUGUCCCUCGACCUAUUGUAACAAUCGCGGCACUUGCGCCUAUCAAGGAGAUCAGAUGCAAUGCACAUGCACCGGCAAUUAUUACGGCACGCAAUGCGAGGUCGACGGCGAGGUCUUGGGCGUCGCUAUAGGCGCAUCCGUGGCCGCGCUAAUAAUCAUAGUUCUGACUCUAGUCUGUCUCGUCAUGUGGAGCCGUAAAUGGUCUCGCGAACAAAAGUCUGCGGGCUCUCCGGUGUACGGUUACAUCCAAGGUGGAAUACCUGGUACUCUCCCAGGGACUUUAGCGAGGGUCGGUUCCGUGGGUACUCUGGCAUCCGUAAAACAAGGACCGCCGACAAAUUUGCCACCUUACAUGUGGGCCCAUUUUGGUGAACACAUGGCUACAGCGAAUCUCUAUGCGACCGAACCCAUGGGCCCUACGCGACCAAGCUCGGCGAUGUUCGGUUAUCCACCCAUGAACGUUCACGGAACAUUGCCUCCGGUCCCAUUACCGCGACUUCAGGCCCCAUCGCGGCCGAGACAGAGACCUCAGCCGGAUCCGGAUAGCUCGGAUUCCGAGCCGCAAGAUAAGGACAGAGCCGACCUAAUUCCUCAGAGCAGUGGUUUUCACGUACCGAGGCCAAAGUCGAGAUCUUCAUUAGCGAAUCAAAGUGGCAUCUAUAACGACGUGGAGUACGACCAGGGUGACAUUCAUCAUUUAUCGAAGAACAACAUCCCGAUGUCCACUUACAGGCCGUACUACAGAACGUGAAAUUUACACUGCCGAGAGGGUGCAGGGAGUACAUUCGCCCACGUGUCGAGGGACGGGCGCUAAAUAACCCGUCGCGAAUUUAUCGUCUAAAGUGCUCAAUAAAUAGUGCAUUAGAACACGGUGUGGUGCUACUGCUGGUGCGAAGUAAUCCCACGGGUAAGAGCUGCGACUCGUUCCAGAGUCGUCUGAGCAAACGUAUACCGAACAUAUACGGAAGAUUUGCACAAGUGAAGUGGAAGUGAGCCUAUUCGUGUCCGCGCGUAUUAAAGCGGAUUAGGAUUGCUCGCUACAAAGUCGUGUUCUUGUAGUCAAGGGAUAUCGUAUUUGCGAUAGAUCGAUCAAUUCUUAGUAUAAUACGCAGAUAUUUAUUAUUCCGUUUCGUUAUUUGAGUUUUAGAUUAUUUUGUAAAAUUCAAAAGUUCAUUUAUGAUAUUAGACGCAGUUUUAUUAAGAGAGACACGUAUGCGACGCGAUUGCAUAUAUAUGUUUGAUUAUUUUUAACUAACUCGUUAUCACUGUUAGCUCAAUACUACGAAAAUAAUUUGUAAGAACAAAUAUAUCGACUGUUUACGAUUAGUUAUAAUUGUUAAGCAGAAACUAACUGUUGCGUUAUAAAUAUUAAACAAUUUAGUAGAGAAGAAUUUAAUUUUUAUUAUUUUAAGUCACUUUAAGAAUUUAAGAGUAUUAAUAUAAUUACAAUUAAUUUAUUAAUAUCUUUUUGAAAAAGGUAUACCGAAAUCUAAGGGCAGUAAAUAAUUAUUUUCUUACGCAUCAUGAGAUAUUAGUACUUUAAUUUGUAUUAAGCAUGCAAUGUAAUUAUAUAUUGUAAUUAUAUAUUUUCUAGACUCAAUA